CUCACCCUCCUUUCCAUUGUCUCCAUCCAUCCAUCCCUCCCCAUCGACUCCUAGCGGGGCAUUACUCCUCGACGUGCAUCCUCAUCACGCGUCCGGCACGACCUUCGCCGACCCGAACUCGGCCAUCCCAUCUCGUCGAGUCUGCAAUAUUUGAAUCAAUUUCUCCCCUCAAUAGCUCCACAUGGCCGCCAACAUGGCCACCAAGCCGGCACCCUUCCCCGUGACCGCCAUCCCUCUCCCACCUGCCUCCUCUGCGCCCGGCCUCUGGGAGAAGAUCUCCUCCUGGGCGUCUGAGAACAAGGUCGUCGUGUACACCCUUGCGACGGUGACCGUGGUCGCGACCGGGGCGGGCAUCUACUACAUCUCCACAGCGGACGGCAAGCGUCCCGCGCCGUCAGAAACAGCGGCGUCGUCGACGACGGGGAAGAAGAAGAGGAAGAACCAGAAGAAGAAGAAGGACGCAGCGGCGAAGGAGGCGGGGGGGGAGAAGGGGGGGAAGAAGGCGGAGGUGGAAGAGGAGAAUGAUGGGUUGCCGGAGGUGACGGAGGAGUCGGUGGCCGCGCUCGGGGAGCAGGAACGCAAGGACCUCGCCAGCAAGCUUAAAGUCGCCGGGAAUUCCGCCUACCAAUCCAAAAACUACGCCCGCGCAAUCUCGCUGUACACCCAAGCGCUCCUCUGCAAGCAAGACCCCGUCUUCUACUCCAACCGCGCCGCCUGCUACAACGCCACCUCGGAAUGGGACAAGGUCAUUGCCGACACCACCGCCGCCAUCAGCCUCGACCCCAUGUACGUCAAGGCCCUCAACCGCCGCGGCCACGCCUACGAGCGCAGCGGCCAGCACUCCGACGCCCUGCUCGACUACACCGCCUCCUGCAUCAUCGAUCACUUCAGCAACGAGACCGCCGCCAACGCCGUCGAGCGCCUGCUGCAGGUCAUCGCGCGCGAGCGCGCCGCCGAGAUGAUGAAGGAUAAGAAGCGCCGCCUCCCUUCGCCGACAUUCGUGAGCAACUAUCUGCAGAGCUUCCGCGCCAAGCCGCCGCCGCAGGGGCUGGAGGAUGGGGUGGAGCUGGAUGCGGCGUCAGGGUUGUAUCAGUUGCAGAAGGGGAUUGCGGAGAUGGGGAGACGGACGGCGGAGAGCUAUGCGGAGGCCGGGGAGGCGUUCGAUCGGGCGGUGGAGAUUGGGGGGUUGGGCGAGCAUGAGGCGUUUGCGUAUAACAUGCGGGGGACGUUUAGGUACUUGAAGGGGGAGAAUACGGAUGCGUUGAAUGAUUUGACCAAGGCGGUGGAGUUGAAGCCUGAGUUAACGCAGAGCUUUAUUAAGAGGGCGAGCAUGUACCUCGAAGAAGAAGGCGACCAAGCAAAGGCCAUCGCGGACUUCGAAAAAGCCAUCUCCACGGAUGCCGCCGACCCGGACAUCUACUACCACCGCGCCCAACUCCACUUCAUCCUCGGCGAGUUCACCGAUGCCGCCAAAGACUACCAAAAGUCCAUCGACCUGGACCGCGACUUCAUCUUCUCGCACAUCCAGCUCGGCGUCACGCAGUACAAGAUGGGCUCGGUCGCCUCGUCCUUCGCCACCUUCCGCCGGUGCAUCAAGAACUUCGAGCGCGCCCCCGAGGUGUACAACUACUACGGUGAGCUGCUCCUCGACCAGCAGAAGUACGAGGAGGCCAUCGCGAAGUUCGACACCGCUGUCGAGCUCGAGAAGGCGACCAAGCCCAUGUGCAUGAACGUCUUGCCGCUAAUCAAUAAGGCGUUGGCUUUGUUCCAGUGGCAAUCGAAGGACGCCGUCGCGGAGGCGCAGAAACUGUGCGAGAGCGCCCUGAUCAUCGACCCCGAAUGCGACAUCGCCGUCGCCACCAUGGCCCAGCUCCUCCUCCAGCAAAGCAAGGUCACCGAAGCCCUCAAGUACUUCGAGCGCGCCGCCGAGCUCUCCCGUACCGAGAACGAGGUCAUCAACGCGCUCAGCUAUGCCGAGGCGACCCGGACGCAAUUGACCAUCCAGCAGCGGUACCCGAACCUGGCGCCAAACUUCGCGAGCUCCGGGUUCGGGGGUGCUUAGGUUCGGACAAAGUAAAACACGCGUGCGAUCGCUUGUUGAAGUCGGCGGAUUUGCGUGGAAAAAUGUGGACGAUUCCCCCCUCUUGAUGGCCAUUGUUUCGGCUUUUUGUUUUGCGGGAUGUAAAAUGGUAUGUGAACGUUGCUGCUUCGAUUUUGUAUUUCAACCCCUUUCUUUCCUUUGGCAAAUCCGCCACCAUGCGUCGGUCUGUGCGACAUGGAUGGCUUUGGUAAUUGGUUCCCCUUUUUCUCCUGCGCGCGUUCGUCGGACUUCGAUCGUUCCCAC